AUGGCGGGCGACAAGAGCUCGAAGAAGAAAGGCGGCAAGACCAAGGCUCACGUUAGCGAGUGGCCUUCCACGAACCCAUCGUCCAGCUCACGCUCGAUCCCUGCCAAAAGCAAUGAAAAGUUGCAAAAGCUCGUAUCGCCACAUUUGGACUCGUUCAACUUUUUCCUGACGGAAGGUUUGGACCUUGCAGUUGCCGACAUGUGCAAAGUGCCAGUGGAGUUGCCAAACCAACACCGCAUGGACAUUUGGAUUGAAAAUGCGCAAAUCGGCUACCCUACCACGGAGAAUCAGAUCACAGGCGAGCAGAAGCUCCUCCCCAGUGAAUGUCGUCAACGUGGCGUGUCGUACACUGCGCCACUUGUCGUGACUCUGGCUCGCUCCUUCGGUGGCUCUCAGAACGUCGAGCGUCUUCAACGCGUGGUAGGUGAAAUCCCCAUUAUGGUGCGCUCCAAGCGCUGCCAUCUCAACGGCAUGGCGCCCACCGACCUCGUUAAAGCUCGCGAAGAAGCCAAUGAGAUGGGCGGAUACUUCAUUUGCAACGGCAACGAACGUUGCGUGCGUCUCUUGCAAAUGCCACGUCGACACCACAUAAUGGCCGUGCGUCGUGGCGCUUUUGCCAAUCGUGGCGACUUGUACACGGAACUUGCCGUGUUCAUGAAAUGUGUCAAACGUGACCAAUCCGCCGUCACUGUCACUGUUCACUAUUUGCAAGACGGUAAUGCAACAGUGCGUUUCGGAGUGAAAAAGCAAGAGUUCAUGAUCCCUGUGGGUCUCGUACUUAAGGCGUUGUACCCACUUACCGACCGCGAGAUCUACGAGCGUGUCCUACGCGGAGACCACGAGAACACGUACCUGUCUGCUCGUGUGGAGCUUAUCCUACGUGAGGCCAAGAAGUUCUCACUGUACACUCGUGACGAGGCGCUGGCGUACUUGGGCAAACAUUUCCGGUUUGCCAUGCCGUAUGUGUACGACAACAUGAACAACGUGGAAGUUGGCAGCAAACUAUUGGACGAUUUCCUGUUUGUGCACAUCCCCAAGGGCGAAAAGGGUCGCACCCAAAAGGUCGAGUUGCUGUGUCUGAUGCUGAGAAAGUUGUACGCCUUCGCCAAGGGAGAUGUGCCCGAAGAUAACGCCGAUUCCGUCAUGAACCACGAGCUUUUGUUGCCUGGCCACUUGUAUCUCAUGAUCAUGAAGGAGAAACUGCAAGAGUCGCUUGUUGCCAUGCGUGCAAACAUCUUGAAGGAGACGCAAAACAAGAAGCGAGCAGUGGUGAUGGACCAAGUGUUUUUACGUAAAAUGUGGGAACGCACGCCUAAUAUCGGGAAUGCCAUGACGUACUUCUUAAACACGGGAAAUCUCCGCUCGUCCAGUGGUCUGGAUCUCCUGCAGAUUGCUGGCUACACGAUCGUGGCGGAGAAACUGAAUUACUACCGGUAUUUCUCGCACUUCCGCUCGGUUCAUCGCGGUCAGUUCUUUACGGAGAUGAAGACAACUGCAGUGCGUAAGUUGCUCCCGGACUCGUGGGGGUUCCUGUGUCCCGUCCACACACCCGACGGCUCUCCUUGUGGUCUAUUAAACCACUUGGCUGUCGAGUGUGAACUCGUGUGUCACCCUGCGUUCAAAGCGGACGAUUAUCUGCAACAAGAAGUCAAGUUGGCUCGCUUCUUAGCUAGUCUCGGUAUGAUCCCCACUUCGGGUUACGCCGAUGGCGCUUUGAUCGUACCCUACUCGUACCUGCCUGUUAUGAUGAACGGGAAAGUGCUUGGAGGAGCCCCAGCCGAAGUGUGCAAGCGUAUCGCCGAGGUUUUACGCAAAGUCAAGUCUGCGAAGAGCUCGGAGGAACGGGACGCCAACGGUAUCGUGUCGAACCUCGAGGUGUGUCUGAUCCUACCAACUCGAGGUGGUCCCUUCCCGGGUCUCUACCUCUCUGCCGACGCUGCACGGAUGUCACGUCCAGUGAAGCAAAUGGACACGAAACGUAUCGAGUACAUUGGCCCCAUGGAGCAAGUCUUCAUGGACAUUGCGUGCACCAAAGAUGACAUCCGUCCGGCCACAACUCACAUGGAGAUCAAGCCCACCAACAUGCUGUCCCUUGUGGCUUCGCUGACCCCUUUUUCCGACUACAACCAGUCGCCACGUAACAUGUACCAGUGUCAGAUGGCCAAGCAGACGAUGGGUACACCUGCACACUCGAUUGUGCACCGCUCGGACAACAAGAUGUACCGUAUCCAGUCGCCUCAGAUCCCUAUUGUACAGAAUGAACGUCUGCGUGAGUACCAAUUGGACGAAUAUCCUCUGGGUACCAACGCAGUAGUAGCUGUGAUCUCGUACACGGGCUUCGACAUGGAGGACGCUAUGAUCCUCAAUAAGUCGUCCUACGAACGUGGCUUUGGCCACGCGUCAGUGUACAAGCAACUGACUGUGGACAUAAGUUCCAAUGGCAAACAGGGCAGUGCCACGUCCAAGAAAUACUUUUCCAACAUCAAGACGGAUGGCAGUGGCGACUACUGCUCCACGAAGCUAGAUCGGGAUGGAUUCCCGCAUAUUGGACAGGUGGUGAACCACGGAGACCCCGUUGCCAGUUGGAUCGACGAGACGACGGGUCUUCCUUCGGUCCAGAAGCAUAAGGAGUCCGAACCAGCGAUUAUCGAGCAGGUGAACAUGAUCGGCAACUCGUCUUCAUCUUCCGAGUUCACUAAGGCGAGUAUCAAGCUCCGUUUCUGUCGAAACCCGACGAUCGGUGACAAGUUCUCGUCACGUCACGGACAGAAAGGUGUCAUGAGUAUUUUGUGGCCGCAAGCCGAUAUGCCCUUCUCGGAAUCGGGAAUUUCUCCCGAUAUUAUCAUUAACCCGCACGCAUUCCCGUCGCGUAUGACGGUCGGAAUGUUGAUCGAGUCGAUGGCUGCAAAGACGGGCGCCUUGAAGGGCAAAUACAUGGAUGCCACGCCGUUCCAGUUCAGCGAAAAAGACCGCGUCAUCGACUAUUUCGGCUCGCAAUUGAAGGAACAUGGCUACAACUACAUGGGCAGUGAACCACUGUACUCCGGUAUCUCCGGUACCGUCAUGCAGGCGGAUAUCUACAUCGGUGUCGUGUAUUAUCAACGUCUGCGUCAUAUGGUUAGCGACAAGAGCCAAGUGCGUGCGACGGGCCCCAUGAACUCGCUAACUCGCCAGCCUGUUAAGGGUCGUAAGAAGGGAGGAGGUAUCCGUCUCGGAGAGAUGGAACGUGACUCGUUGCUGGCUCACGGUUGUGCCUUCUUGGUGCAAGAUCGACUGUUGAAUUGUUCCGACAAACACAUUGCCACAGUUUGCACCAAUUGUGGCAGUUUGCUGUCUAAUGCCACGCAACGCUCGACGGUGGAAACAGCUGGACAAGGAGAGAUUGCAGUUGCCAUGAAGUCCAAGACGCAAUGGUAUUGCACAGUUUGCCAAACGGGGGAAAGUUGCCAACCUGUGGCAAUGCCAUAUGUCUUCCGCUACUUGGCGAACGAACUGGCGGCCAUGAACAUCAAAAUGUCACUCACUUUGAAGGGAUGCUAAAAACGGAUGAAACAAAAAAGGGCCGGUUACGCCUCCAAACAAAAAGAUUUAUUUGGUGUGAA